AUGGACAAGAAGCAGAAGAAAAAUAUAAAGAAAUCAAAUGUUCCACACAGCUUUUAUUUCUAUCUCGUUCUGAGAUUCUUGGCAGCGAUUUGCUGCAUCAUUGUAAUCUUUGUGAUAGGCCUCAGUCAGUACUGGACAAAUAAAGUAUCUGCAGUUUUUGGAUUGCUUUUCGUCAUAGUUUGUCUAUUGUUCUCAGCAUCAGCUGUUUCUAUAUUAUUCAUCUGGGAUGUCAACACUACAACUGUUGUCAAGAAGUGUCUCUUCUCGUUUGUCUACACUCUCUCCAUCCUCGUAGCUGCCGUUAUGUUUCUGAUUGCCAACGAUGGUUGUGAUUCUCGAAUAAUCUCUCAAUAUGGUUGCUACCAAUCCGUCUCCACAGGAACUUUCCAAGUUGCCUCCGCAUUUUGCUUCCUAAUUUUCAUAUUUGGCCUUCUGGAUUUGGGUCUCAAUGGAUUCUACUACUAUCGAAAUUCAAAACGUACUCCAAUUUAUGACAUUCCGCCGCCCUCAGUUGCCGUCGUUGAAACGGAAAAGUAG